GCGAGUUGGCAGCCCUCGGUCAAUGUUUUUGUUUUGCUGGCACAGCCAGAGAAAUUCUUGAAUUUAAUUUCGAAAAUUUAGUUUGGCCUGGCCAGGAAAGGACUGUCAAGAAUGGAUGCGGAGGGCAGUGACACAGUAGCUAGGGUGGACAAGUCCCCGGAUUGUCGCACCAGUGGCGAUGGCAUGGAGCAGCCGGAAAGCGGCGGAGCAACGAAAACAGAGAGUGAAAUCCAGGCGAGUGCUGAUGUGGACAUUAAGGUCAAGAGGCCCCAAUUGUCGCGAAAGGACAGUGCCAUUGUCCAGGAGGCUGUCAUGGGCAGGAAGACUUCCACUGGCGGUGUCCACGCCUCCACUCUGCCCCUUCCCGGCCUGCACACACUCUACAGGCGACCCGAAAUCGUUACCCGCAGCUUGGCGCCCGUGCUGCCCAAGGGGGAACUGGUCCAGAUGAGGCCACGAUUGGUCACCACCCACCCAGAAACCCUGCCCGAGCACAAGAAGACCAAGGCCCCCAAGUUCGUGCCCUUUGAGCCCUAUCCGGGUGCGGUGAAUCCCAUGAUCUCGGAGCCAACGAACAAACACAAAGUCCAUCGGGACAAGAACAACCUGGAUAUUGCCGUGCUGGUGGAUCAGGUGUCCACGCUGCGCACCCAGGAAUUGGACACGGAGCCAAAGGAAAGCCAGUCGGUGGGCAACCAGGAGCUAAUCUCACUGCAGGAGGAGCUGGCCAAGGUGCGCGAGGAGCGGAAUUACUUCCAGGCCCAGUACAAGUUCCAAACGCAGGUCAACAGCGAACUGAAGAGCCUGCUGGUGGCCUCCGUGGGCGAGGAUCUGCAGACGCGGGUCAAUCUGCUCACCGAGGACAAGCUGCAGCUGGCCAGAGCUCUCCUGGACACCGCCAACAACCUGACCACCCACACCGAGCAGAUUGAGUUCCUGGCCGGGCAAUGUGAGGUCUGGCGAUCCAAAUUCCUGGCCAGCAGCGUUAUGGUCGAGGAGCUAGCCCGCUGGAAGGCCGAUCUCACCCAAAAGAACCAGCUGCUCAACGAGUCCACGAAGCAACUGCUGCACGCCACCCAUCAGAUCCGCGAGAUUCAGCUGGACAUGCUCAAGCAGCUCAAGUUCCUGGCCAAGAUUCGCUUCCUCAACCUGCCCGCCACCGAUGUGAUCAGCCUGAGUGCCGAGAAUCUGAAUAUCCUGCAACGCAUGGUCCUGCACACGGGCGUGGGCAUUCCCGAAGAGACUCUGAAGCUGUCCAGCGCCAGCACAAGUCCACUUUGCGAGGCGGAAAAGUAUGCAGUUAGGGCCCUGGAAUUCAUUAGUCAGCCCUUGAUGGCCACCGAUGAAGCCAUACGAGCUCUUUUCGACCAGGCGCAGCGGCCCCACUAUGUGCAAUCAGCCGCGGAGGUGGCUCCCACCGAUAUUCAACAAGCAGAUAAACAGCAAUAGUUCGUCAAUAUUAGGUCUAAUAAAUUUUAUAUACAUACAAUCAAUCAACAAACAUAAAUGCAAAUGGGAAAAGAUUCUGAAAGGGU